AUGUUGAAGCCACCAGUUUUUGAGUCAAAGGAUGAUCUUUGUCAGCGUAUUAUUGCCGCCAUUCAGAAGGGUGGCGAGGGACCCAAACACGAGGUAUUUUUCAAUGUUUCAGAGCAAGAUUAUCAUUAUAUCCUGAAUGCAAUUGAAUCCGACAAUAAUCUCAUUCGCAAACCAUCAUACAUCCCAUGUCUCAAAAAACUCUCUGUCAACCUGCCAACUCCAGUCCACAAAUCCAUUCUAGCGCCUCUGCGCACUACAAUGGGAAACAUCAUAUCAUCUUUGCCACUUCCACCAGCACUCCAUACUGCCCUCCGCAUGCACAUGAACACAAUGGUCAAAAAGGGGGAAGAUAACGAGGACGAUGAAGACAAGCGUAAUCUCGGCAUCCCCGAUAUGCUAAUUCAACGCGAGAUGAGAGAUGCGGAGUUCCAUCCCCUAUGGCCUUUUGAAGUAUUGUUCUCCCAAUCUUCAGAGUUGGCAGAAUCGAAGAUACAACUUUUUGCAGACAAAAACCCCCACGUCGAGGGGGCCACCCAUUUCCACAUCGCCGAGGCAGAAAAACACGCUUUGCCAAGUGAUGAAUGGGCAAUCGAGCAGGAGUUGGACAAGAAGAAGGUUGGGCACAUCAAAGAGGGAUCUGUAACACCUACUAGAGCCCCAGCUCUCCCUACGCCUGCCCCCGCUCUGCUAGACUCCCCGCGCGGCGGUGCGCCGCCUGCGCCUAGAACAACAGCGGUCUGGACCGCUAUGACUCCGCUUCAUGGCGCUAUGACCCCGCCUGAUGCUAUGACCCCGCCCCUGGCCUAG